AUGCUUUCCUUCCUGACGAGCCACGUGCCCCGCUCCAACACGGCCUCGCACAACCCGGUCGUGCUGAGCAGCCCGGCCGCAGGCGCAGGGCCGGUCACGAUGCACUUCUACGCCCCGUCGGCGGCGCGGCGGGUGAUGCGGCUGUCGCUGCCCGCCGGACCGGGCCUGGCGCUGCCGCCGCCGCACUGGCACCGCCACCAGACCGAGACCUUCGACGUCGUCAAGGGCCGGCUGCUCGCCAUCUGCGACACCAUUCCGUCGGGUAAUUCGGUCGUGCACGCCGGCCAGGGCGUCACCAUCCCCAACGGCGCCAUCCACCGCUUCGAGAACGCUGCCGAUCCGAAAGGCGAGGACGCGGAAAAGGAGCUGGUUUUCGACCUAUCGAUGGAUCCGAAGAAGGCCGAGGGCGACGAGAUCUUCUUCCGCCACUUCUACGGCUACCUGGACGACUGCGGGAGGACGGGGAGAGCGCCCAAUUUCUUCCAGCUCAUGCUGUUUUUGUGGGAGGCUGAUACCAUUCUGGUGCUGCCGUUUGUGCCUCGUUUCGUGAGCAUUGGCUUUGUGUGGUUCACAGGCAAGGUCAUUGGCAGAUGGGUUUUGGGCCUCAAUCACCUCUAUCCCGAGUACUAUCGCAAGGGCGCUGCACCUGCCGCCACUGAGCCAGCGUGA